AUGGUGGGCAUUCUACCAGUCCUGGUCGCAGGACUCACAGGAUGUACAUACGCCCAACCAAUGGGGACAAAGCAUCGGAGCACAAAUUACCAUGAGAAUGCAGGUGUUCUCGAUUUUGUCAAUCCCCUCAUUGGCACUUAUGGAAUCACCCCAAAUGGAAAUGGCGGUAUGAUCCCCUCUGUCUGUCCCCCGUUCGGAAUGACGCGGUGGACACCGCAGACGCGCGAGAAUUUCAUUUCCCAGGUUCCAUACGGGGAUAGCGACCGUCUUAUUCAUGGAUUUCAGGCUACUCACCAGCCUGCAAUUUGGAUGGGCGAGUCUGGCCAGGUUGUCUUGACGCCUGGCAUAGGCGAUGUUCAGCCCUUGUUUGAGAAUCGCGGGCUGGAGUUCCGCAAACAAGACGAAAGAAGUACGCCGUACGUUUAUGAGGUUUUGGUUAAUGCCACUCAACUUAUGGAUCGUGAUUGGAAUGCCACAGCCGAGGCUGUUGGUGAUGGGGAGGUUCCUGGAGGUGCUGGAGCGGUUCCUGAUCAGGUGAAGGAGGGUGCUAAUGGGCGGACGCGAAAACGGGAAGUGGAAUCGACUCUUCGCGCCCAGUCUGACGAGAAAUAUGAGACUUCUAUUCAGAUUGCCAUGUCGGCAGAUGCUCACGUUGGCCACCUUCGCUUCGACUUCCAAAGUGACGACCAAGCCCAGAAUCCUUGGGUAUUUAUUCAAGCUUCCCGUCGGAAUUGGAUUGGUGAAGUUCAUAUUGACUCGAAGAACAAAGAAAUCUCUGGGUACAACACAGAGCGCCAGGAUUAUCUUCUCGGACCUGACAAAGCACCGUCAUUCAAGGGAUACUUCGUGUCCCGCUUCUCUGAGCCGUUUACCGAGUAUGGCGUUGCCAAUGGCGGUGAUUUGAUGGAAAAUGAAAGUUACCGACAUGGAAAUUUCACUGGCGCAUACGUGAAGUUCAGCAACAAGACCUCGCGCGUAGAAGUACGGACGGGCGUUUCAUAUGUUAGUAUUGCACAGGCUCGGAAGAACCUCGAAUUCCAGACCCCGGAUGGACACACAUUCGAAAACACCACCGACAAAGUGAAGUCUGCCUGGCUCGAGAAGCUCGGUCGAGUAUCCAUCAAGGGCGUCAACAAAACCGAUUCAGAUCAUGACCCCCGUACGAUCUGGUAUACCGGUCUAUUCCAUGCACUCCAAUACCCAAAUGACUUCUCUGAACCCACAUCAAGGGACGAUGAUGCGCCACGAACCUUCUACUCCGGUUAUACUGAUAGCGUCCACACAGAGAACGACUCAUACUACCAGUCCUGGUCAAUCUGGGAUACAUACAGAGCCGAGCACUCAGUACUCACACUAUUCGCCCCAGAACGUGUCAACAGCAUGAUGCGCUCGCUGCUCCGCAUCUUCGAUUGGACUGGCUGGUUGCCGAUUUGGGCAAACCUCGUUGAGACAAACAUCAUGAUCGCGACAAAUGCAGAUGCAGUCCUGGCAAAUGCAUUGGAGCGCGGAUUCAAGGACUUUGAUAUCUCCAAAGCUUGGAAGGCCGUUAAAAAGAAUGCGUAUACACCGCCUGAUAAUGACACCUUGCUUCUGUACUAUGACCGUGAGCCGGACACCUCGUAUGAGGCCCGCGCUGGUCUCACGCUAUACAUGAAGCAGGGUUGGGUAUCGAAUGACGGAUGGUCCGAAGCGGGUAGUCGGACUUUGGACUACGCAUUCGACGAUUAUGCCUGUUCAAUUGUUGCUGCACACGCUGGAGCGGAAAAUGCGGCUGUGAUCGCACUGCAAGAGCGAAGUGGAAACUACGCUUAUAUCUGGAACAACGAGACGCAGUUCAUGCAAGCGCGCAAUGCUAACGGGAGCUGGGCGAAUAGUACCUGGGGCUGGACAGAAGGUGAUGAUUGGGUAUACACCUUCGACGUGAUGCACGAUGUGAAGGGUCUGGCUAAGCUUUUCGGUGGUCGUGAAGCUCUGCGAGACAAGCUAGAUGCCCACUUUAAGGGCGGCCAUAAUGAUCACACGAAUGAGCCGAGCCACCAUGUGCCUUAUCUCUAUUCUGUUCUUGGAUACCCCAACCAAGCAGCUGAGACCAUUAGAGAGGUUGCCUGGUCAAAUUAUAAUACCACCAGUGGUGGGCUGGGUGGCAAUGAGGAUUUGGGUCAGAUGAGCGCCUGGUAUGUCUUCUCAGCUCUGGGUUUCUAUCCGGUCAAUCCUGCCAGCGACGAGUAUAUUGUCGGGACCCCGCUCUUUGAACAUGUGUCCAUUCGCCUUCCAAGUGGAGCGAGUACCGGUGGAAGGAUUGUGAAUGGCAAAGAAAGGAUGUUAGAGAUUGUUGCCCCGGGUGCAUCUACUAUGGCAUACAUUAAGAGCCUGAAGGUCGAUGGAAAGGCCGUUGCCUCGCCAGUCUUGAAACAUGGUCAGAUCGUGAGCGCCAGAAAUAUUGAGUUCGAGAUGAGUGUGACCCCGACCUCUUGGGGAAAUAUGCCUCCAUAG